UAUUUUUAAAAUAUUCAUUUUGAUUCCUAAUAUUUUGAUUUACGUACUCUCUAACUAUCAUAUUAAAGGAUUAAAAUGUUCAUUUUUUAAAAGUUCAAUGAUCAAAAUGAAUCAAAGUUAAAAGAUUAUACAAAAUAAAAUGAAUAUUUUAAAAAUAUUGGAAGCAAUAUUAAAAACAAAAACAGUACUAACUGACAUGUUUGGUUUAUUUUGACAUAUUCUAUUGGGUAUAUUAUUUGAUUGUAAUAGUUAGCAUGAUUCAAGUCCGAUGGCAGAGGACUUUCUCUCCAAAAUUACUAUUGGCUACAAAAAGAAGUAGAGGUGUCAGAUAAACUUAUUUUAUUUAAUUGAAUUGAAUUUGGAGUCCUAAUUUCUCUUUUUAUCUCUCUCAAAAUAUGGGUAACAUGGUUGAAAUGUUUGUAAAGUUGCUACAUUUUAGAAUGGAGACGGUAAAAUCUUGAGACAGACGGAAGAUAGAAGAGAUGGAACGAAUUCUUAUUGAGUGGCCGAUUGUAUUGGUCGCUAAAAGCUUCACUUCCACCUCUCAAUCUGUCCUAGGCCGCGUUUCUGGGCUUAACCAACAUGCACGGAAGGUGUUUGUUAUAAUGUCAAUUCCAAAAAGGUGGAGACUGGCAGAAUGGUGGUAAAGGGCCAACCCAUGGGUCUAGAUUGAUAUCAUUGGAGAAGUAAAGACAGCCUUCUUUUUCCAAAAUUACUGUUGCUGUCGACGCAUAUUUACUUGCUUCAGUAAUGGGAGGCAUCUUCCCAACAUUGUGUUUCUUUCGUCACAGCCAGUAGCCCCAUCUAAUGCCCUAUUAUCCCCGCUUUCAAUGUGAUUAUAAAGGUCCAAUAAGACAUUAUCCUUUAUUACAUAGGGUACUGUUAGCUUGACAUUUAUGUGGCUGCUUUCAGGUUCAAACAUUGCAACAGUGAUACAUCUCAAGGAUGGCAAUUGAAUUUAUUGCAGCUCUUCCAUAUUGGAGCAGGAUAGGGUGUCUGCAAAAAGGUGGAGGGGACAUACUGUGGAAGUGUAUGGUGCUCCUUUCCCCUCAUAAAUUCGUGGUGGACCAUUACUUUCUCAUUUCUUUAUGUUUUUCUUUGUUCUUCUCUGUGUGCUAGAUGUUUGAACACUCAGCAUGCUUAACUGGCUGUCUGAUAAUCUGCCAUCACUAACUCUUGAAGUUUGAAGAAGACGUAUUAUCAGUUUUAACAACAUUUAAUUGGGCAUUUGAUUAAUUACCUGAUGCAAAAUAAUUGGGAUGGGUGCAGUAUAAUAAUUGGUUAUAGUCAAGUCCUUUUGAGUUUAAUUAGACUUAAAACAUAACACAUUUGGCUUGAAAAGUCAUCAUUUUCUCAUUCAUCUCUUUCUAUACUGAGCAAGAAGGGUACUUGACUGGACACUCGUAGCUUUAGUAAACGCAGCCAACUUAGAAAAAAACAAUAAUUGUUGAAGGGCUAAGGUUGCCGAUGGAUAUAUAUUAUGCCAGCUAAGCGAUGUUGACAAGAGAAGAAGAUUUACCUCUUGGAAAGGAUCCUUCUAUAAUAAUUUUCUAACCCCAUUUUUUAAGGAAAGGCUUUCCCCGAGUGUUCAUGAAAGCUUAUCAAAUAUUUAAUAAGUCAGUUGGCCAUGAAAGAUUCAACUUCGUCCCUCCUUGCAGAAAAUUUAGCAGGCGGGUUUUCAGUAAAGCAAUUGAUACCAUGGAUUGCUUCUGUCAAAGUAAAUGAAGCAUGGAACUUGAGAGUGUGAGAAGACCAGAGCUGUCUUGCAUAUGGUGGGCCAACAUAAGGACGAAGUUUGGUGCAAUUUGAAUCCAAUGGAGCUAUCAAACUUUUUGCGGACCACAUCACCUACAAUAGACAAAUUGUUAUGUAGGCAUUUGCCGGUAAUGAGUGUUAAAUGAUUUAUUUUUUCGGGAAACAGAACCUUGGAUUAUAUAUGUAUUCCUUAACACUUGCAUGUUUUGCUUUCCUGUCCCGUAAAUUAUAUCAGGAAGUUGCAUUGUGAAGAUCCUCCAACGUUUAUUAAUGUGCAAUAUAUGUAUUAGAGAAAAUUUGAGGUUAUGAGUCGAUAAUGAAUCUAUUAAAUUUUAAUGAGAUUUUUACGUAGAGAUUACUGUAAUCCCAAAUCAAUAGUUGUAAUAUGAUUACUAAAUUUUAUUAAUUUUAAAUUUUUAGUUCUUUUUUGGUGGCGAAAUCACUACCACGGCAUAAAUUAUAUGUAUAGUAUAGCCAGGACUAGGAGGAGGUUGAAGCGUGUUUCCCACACUAAAUGCCAGCGAGUAGGUGUAGUAAGUACCAUGAUUGCUCUUUCCCAUUUAAUUGUGAGGAGAAAGACGAGUACAGAGCCAAUCGGUUUUCUUUCAGUAAAAUGGAAAGUGGCCUUCCCAUGCUUAACUGUCUGUUGCAACACACUUUAAGGAGUUUAUGUUUGUCUUCAGACUCUUGUAGCUCUACCUCUUCUAAGUGGGUUUAUGCCAUUUUCUGGAGGAUCCUCCCAAGAAACUUUCCUCCUCCCAAGUGGGAGUUUGGCGGGAGUGCCCUUGAUCGCUCAAAAGGAAACAAGAGAAACUGGAUUCUUGUUUGGGAAGAUGGAUUUUGUGAUUUCCACGAAUGUCAAAGAGCAGCAGGUGGGUGUAUUACAGGAAGGUUUGGAGUUGAUCUCUUCUUCAAAAUGUCUCAUGAGGUUUACAGUUAUGGAGAAGGAUUAGUUGGAAAGGUUGGAGCAGAUAAUAGUCAUAAAUGGGUUUUCAGAGAUAACGCAACUGAAAGUGAUCCGAACCUCAUCUCCUCGUGGAACUCAUCCAUUGAGCCUCAACCUCGAGCGUGGGAGUCUCAAUUUCAAUCAGGCAUUCAGACGAUUGCAGUCAUUGCUGUACGAGAAGGCGUAGUUCAACUGGGCUCUUUUGAUAAGGUCCCGGAAGAUCUCAAUUUAGUCAUUAAUGUACAGAGGAAAUUCAGCUACCUGCAUAGCGUGCCAGGUAUCUUUGCGGUUCAAAGGCCCUACCUUCCUAGCCAACAUCCAUACGUUUUAAAGCCAGAUGUCCAGAUGAUCGAAAACCAAUCUACUGGGUUGAAGAGAUUGUUCAGUUCUAUGCUUGAUGAAUCUCCCAUCAAAUCCAUCAACUUAGGCUGGAAUACCCCACAACAUUCCUUGACUACUGGAUCGCCAGUGUGGCCAAUACCACCUCUUCUUCCUUCCACUUCAUGCAGCCUUGGAACUUUUAAAUCAAAUUUUCCUUCUAAUAGCACCCCACCUUGUGAAGUCAAUGGUCGUCCUGACCCAGUUCAACACAUGUCCAUUAACCACCCAAACCCAAAUACAACGAAAGCUUCCAACUCAGAAGUAAAGAUAGAAACCUCCAACAAGUUAGAUGCAGCUCAAGAAACAGAAGAGAAACAAAAUUGUUUAAACCCAAGUCUGCGGUUUGAAGAUGGGGUGAUGACAGAGUUGGGCUUCAGACUUGGAGAGACAACCCAGAAUGGUCAAAAUAUGAAUUAAUUAGGAAAAGUACCCUUUGCAAUGACAUUAAUUGUCACAAAAAGGAUGAUUUGGGUACUUGCAUGGAUUUGGAUGGUUGGUUGGCAUGCACCCAAAUUGUAUAAUCACUGUUUUUUUAGUUAUCUGUUAAUAAAAAUAUAUAGCUACUAAAGUAGUUUAAUCAUCAAACAAAGAUGGCUUUAUCUUUCA